GUAUCGCUCGAUUUGUGCAGCGCUCGUCAAAACUCUGCGGCAUGAAGACGAGAGCUGGGGGGAGGGCACUCACUCGGACCGGGCAACCUCUCACUCUGAGUGUCCCCUGCUCCAUCUUUGCACAGGCUUCGCUUUGAUUUCCCACCAAUUGUCACUCCCUCCUCAUUGGCGCAUUGGAUUCCUGUGGCAUUCGGACGCAUUCAUCACAGGUUUGCUUUGCUGUCGUUGUUUUUAGGCAGUCUGAUCUUUCUUGUGUAGCGCAAUGGCAAAGGAUGGAGAAAGAGGCGAGUGGAAGGAGUACAUCUGGAACCCGAGGACGAGGGAGUUUCUGGGCAGGACAGCCAGCAGCUGGGGUCUCGUCCUUCUCUUCUAUUUGGUUUUCUACAUCUUCCUGGCCGGCCUGUUUGCGCUCACCAUGUACGUCCUGCUGCAGACUUUGGACGACCACAAGCCGACCUGGCAAGACCGGCUCACCACGCCAGGCAUGGUGAUUAGACCCAAAUCCGACGAGACUUUCGAGAUUAUCUAUAACAUCCAGAAAACCGAGAGCUGGGACCUGUACGCUCAGGCCCUGGACAAGUUCCUGGAACCUUACAACAGCACCGUCCAGGCCCAGAAAAACAACGAAUGCACACCGGACCAGUACUUCCUGCAGGAGGACAGCGGCGACGUGAAGAACAACCCCAAGCGCUCCUGUCAGUUCAGUCGGCACCUUCUGCAGGACUGCUCGGGACUCACUGACCGUUACUAUGGAUACCAGGACGGCCAGCCGUGCAUCAUUAUCAAGAUGAAUCGGGUGAUCGGGUUGCUGCCAGGAAAGGACGGACAGGCUCCGUUCAUCACCUGUGGCGCCAAGAGGUACAAAGUUGGCAAAAAUGAAUGGAGAGAAGACACUGACAAAAUUGGAGAGUUGAAGUACUUUCCUUCCAACGGCACGUUCAACCUUAUGUACUACCCGUACUACGGCAAGAAAGCUCAGGUGAACUACUCCCAGCCUUUGGUUGCCGUCAAGUUCCUCAACAUCACGGUCAACGAAGACGUCAACAUCGAGUGCAAGAUCAACUCCAACAACAUUCCCGGCGGGAGCGAAAGAGACAAGUUUGCCGGUCGAGUGUCUUUCAAGCUGAGGAUCAACACCGUCGACUAGGUUUUCGAGCCUUUUUCCUCCUCUCAAAUGUCCAAUCUCCACGCGCUGCAACAUUGCACAUGCACCGAAAACAAUUGCAGCAUUGCAUUGCAUUGCAUUGCACAUGCAGCAUUAUUUACACACCCCCCUCUAAACCAAAAACCAAACAAAAACGACAACAAAAAAAGAAGGGGUGGACAUUGUUUGUCCAGGCGUGUGAUGACAAUGUGCAAGAAUAAAGGGUGGUAAUCCUGUAA